AUGAUUACCAAGUUCUUACCUAUCGCGUUACUGGCUGCUCUUGUGUGUUCCACCAGGAUUCCAGAACCUGAGGAAAGGAUCGUUGGUGGCGGUUCUGUUCCAAUCGAAAAAGCACCCUAUCAAGUGGCUCUAUUAGAGUAUGAUAUACAAAUUUGUGGUGGUGCUAUAUACAGUGAACGGAUUAUCCUGACUGCAGCUCACUGUUUGAACCGCACAGAACUUGAAAAUUAUUCAGUGCGCGUUGGAUCAUCCUUUCCGCAUUUCGGUGGACAAGUUUAUAAGAUUCAGAAAGCCAAACAACAUGAGAAGUACAUAGGGGAUAUAUUCUCUGAUCCCUACGAUAUUGCAGUGCUUCUUCUGCAUAAGUCUUUAAGACUUGGAACAUCAAGGGUAAAUAGUAUCAUCCUUGCUGACAAGACUCCAGAACCGGGAACUGAAUGCUUUGUUACUGGUUGGGGAGAUACAGUUGAGGGCUCCACUUUGCGUGCACCAACACUAAGAGGUGUAAAAAUUACCGUCGAGGAUCACAAGACUUGUCAAGUGGCCUAUUUUGGAGGUGUGACUGAAAAAAGCAUUUGUGCUUCCGCUGCGGGAAAGCGUGCAUGCCAUGGGGAUUCUGGAGGUCCUUUAGUAUGCUUUCCAGGCCGCGAACUCGUUGGCAUCGUUUCCUGGUCUGCAGGAUGUGCCAAUCCCAAUUUCCCUGGGGUUUAUGCAAGUGUAGUUUAUUUUAAAGAUUGGCUUACCUCUACGAUUAGCAGCCUUGAGUGUAAAAAAGGUAAUGAAGGUGAAAAUGUAAAUCAGAAUGUAAUUGUUAUAGGACCCGUAAACACAUUUAAGCCUGAAAAAGGUAAAGUUAAUAAAAAUGAAACUAAAAUUGAAGCUUUAGAGCCAGAAAAAGAUGAAGUAAAUAUAAAUCAAAAUAUUAUUGAUAUUAAAUUCACCCCUAAGCCAGAAUUAGGUAAUAUAAAUAAACAUGAAACUGCUAAGCCCACAAUAAAUAAUGUAAAUAAAAAUGAAAUUAGCAUCAACAAUUAAGCCUGUAAAAAUUAAUGAAACUGCAAAUAUAAUUGUAAUCAACUCGAAUAAGAAAUACAUAUAAUUCAAUCAAGAUGUUAAAUUUAUUGCACAAAUAAACGAAUGUAAAUGCAACAACUGA